UGGGAUGUAUCUGAGUGCCUCGCAAUUUAAUAUCACUUUUGGGACUUCGAGAGCGAAAUAGUCGUUAAUGGUCAUUUUAUAGUCUCCACCAUCUAAACAAAGUGCACUCUGGGUGUAAAGUUGUGGUCUGUCAUUUGCUGGGAUGCUUGGAGGCGACGAUCAGCCUGUGCGAUUCUGAUGACUCAGGAAGUUGACACAAAAGGCCUUUGAAGAAAGGAAUUUUUACGCUGUGACAGGCUUCUUGGUUAUCUUGUUACGGAACCUGUUCCUCUUUUGGGCAUAAUUUGAAUGCUGUUUUUCCAAGGAGACUUGCCGAAAGAGUAGAUUGGAUGCUUUUGUCACCGGACACAAUGAAUAUGGUGGAUGAUGGCUGCCUGUCAACGGACACCUACCAUGACCUGGGUAAAGGUGGGGCCUCGGGCAUGGUAGGCGGCCGUGUCCACAGCAUCGAUGUUAUUCUGGGCUUCAGCAAAGACCAGGACCCUCUUCUCAAUCCGGUGGGGCCCGUUAGCACACACAAAUUGGAUAGGCAUGACCUGGGAGAACAGGAGAAACAUGUGACCUCUGACCCCUACAGUCACCUGCAAAGUGUCCCUGACAACUCACAGCCGUCUGCCUAUCACGAUACUGCCGGGCUUUUCUCCACGGAUAAGUGUGAAGCAGAUUUGGGAGACCCACGGAGUGCCAUGGAGAGCGACAGCCAUUCACCGGACCCCCCUGAUGAGGAUCAACCGAGGAAAAAACACAGACGGAACAGAACCACCUUCACGACCUAUCAGUUACACGAGCUAGAACGCGCUUUCGAGAAAUCUCACUACCCUGACGUGUACAGUCGAGAAGAGUUGGCUAUGAAAGUCAAUCUCCCAGAAGUUCGAGUUCAGGUCUGGUUCCAGAAUCGACGUGCAAAAUGGCGACGACAGGAGAAGAUAGACACAGGCACUAUGAAGCUCCAUGACUCGCCCAUGUUGUCGUCCAAUCGACCGCCCAUGCCGUCAAACGUAGGGCCCAUGAGUAAUUCCCUCCCCCUGGAUCCUUGGUUGUCUUCUCCGCUCUCCAGUGCCACGCCCAUGCACAGCAUUCCAGGCUUCAUGGGACCUGGCCAAGGCCUCCAGCCCGCCUAUCCAAGUCACCCCGGGUUCCUGAACUCCUCCCCGGGCAUGGUUCAGGGAAUGCAACCCAUGCCACAACCUCCUUACCAGUGCCCCCCAAUGUUUAAUGACAAGUACCCGUUGGAAGACGUGGACCGCAGCUCCAGUAUCGCGGUGUUGAGGAUGAAGGCCAAGGAACACAUUCAUUCCAUGGACAAAACCUGGCAACCCAUGUAGUGAGGAAACAUUGAACUCUACAAUGUUUUACUGGGAUCUUAGAAGUAUAAGCAUUUUUACAAGUGGUUCACUUGGCAAACGCUUUAUCCAAAGCGACUUCCAGUUUAUUCAAGGUUUACACUUUAUCACUCCAUGCAUUUCCUGGGAAUCUUGGCACUGAGCUACAAGAACAAGUUCAUCAGAACCGGAUUAAUUCAAGACUAGUACAAGGGAUCACCCAAAUGCCAUAGAUGAGAACUGGCAAUGCAAAGAACAUCAACAUCCUAUUGACGUCAAAAUCGCCUGGCCAAGAAAACGUGUCAUUUUAAAGGAGUAGUUCACCCAAAAAUGAAAAUUCUCUCAGUAUUCACUUCUCCUGAUGCCAUCCCAGAUGUGUAUGACUGUGUUUCUUCAGCAGAACACAAAUUAAGAUUUUUAGAAGAAGAUAGAGCUCGGUCUGGACCGUCAAAGUGCUAGUGUAACGAGAGCCAGCUGGUAGAUAGGCUGUAGCCUUUAGCCUCCUUGUUAGAGCACCCGCCUCCCACGCUGGAGACCUAGGUUCGAGUCCCGUAUGGAGUGGGUAGAACAGUCAUAUUGGUGCCGUGACCCGGAUGGGAGUGAGGUUUAGGGGGGUGAGUGUAACGGGAGCCAGCUGGUAGAUAGUUGUGCAGUAUGUAAACCUCACUCUCCUGACCUCAAGAGGCGCACUAGUGACUGAUGCUAGAGGCUGUAGCCUUUAGCCUCCUUGUUAGAGCACCUGCCUCCCAUGCUAGGUUUGAGUCCCGUACGGAGUGGGUAGAACAAGACUGUCACACUGGCACCCGUGUACCUCCAUUAUAAGGACCUGACAGAGCUCUAUCGUCUCCUAAAAAUCUUCAUUUGACCUCAGAUGUUUCAGGGUGGUUUUCAUACCCUUACCAGGAGCUAUGCCAUUGGUGAAACCUGGUUGGCACAUUCGCUUCAUAAUUGUUUUGGCAACAAAGCGCUGACAGUUCUGGAUUCUGGAAUCUACAUUAAGGCGUUUCCGUGAAAAACGCCUGCCAUUGUUGAGGUCCUUAGGAGUUUGUGUCAGUCGGUGCCAAGAUCCUCAUCAUGUGGCCAGGUUGAAGCAAUACCAAGUCUGGCACGCUGGCACAUCUAACAGGACAGUCCAGCUCAGGACAACGGAUACCUCAAUGCCUGUUUAGAGGUUGUUAGAGCUGUUCUACCAACAAGACGUGAGGAACAGCAUACACAAAUCAUGGUUAAAAAGGAGUAACUCUCAAAAACGUUGGUGAAAAUAAACCCUGAAUAAGUCUGCAGGAAUUUACUGUCUUCUGCUCAUUUGAGGUUUCAGACAUUAACGGCUUUUUAAGCCAUGGUGUGGAGAUGAUAUCCAUUUCUAAAUCACUGUGUGCGUUCAUGAUAGGGCACGAGAGCAACAGUUCACGCAGCCCCCACGUGACAUUGGGGCGUUCAAGCGAAAACUCGUUGUUUAUCUAAAAACAGGUCCUCCACUGUGAUAGUGACAACAGAACACAACACAACUGCACACAAAACAGAGAACAGAUGCAUUUCUAUGCCCAGCUCAAUACUCUGUUCAAUAAAAAUAAGGCUGGGCAUAGAAAUGCAUCAGUUCUUUGACUACAAACUCUUCAGACAUGUUUAGUAAGUUCUGUUCUCUGUUCAAAAUGGGGUUUGACGUAAUCAUAUAAAAUGUAAGCAUAAACCUCAAUAAAGUUUAUUAGAUUUGUGCUUGAAAAAUGUACCAACAUAGUCUCGCGACAACUAGUUCUAAAUCGUACGAAUAAUCGUACAACUUGGCCCGUACGAAGUGGCAUGACUUUUAUUCCCAUACAGACCAACCAAUCAGAAUAACCAAACAGAAUAUAAAAUAGGGGCGUCAACUUUUUGCAUUUCCUAUCGAACUCUUUAUUUAAUAAAGGAAAAUUUAGUGAACACUAAAGUUUAGUGUUACUCGUUCCAUAUUUAUUAAUGCAAUACAAAUGACUGAUGUACAGGGCUGGACUGGUAAUCUGGCAUACCGGGCAUUUUCCGGGUGAGCCGAUGCAUU